ACACUGGUACAACAAGAGAGAGCGGCAGGUGUAUGAUGGUUGUCCUCCAUCAUAACAACUAAACCUUCAGAACUCGCCGACAAUUAUUUCGUAGUUUCCACCAACAUGAUCCAUUAAGCAAUUCUUCACAGCUAAUCCUCGAGACGCUGAUUAAUAAAUUCAUCUCUUCAAAAGAAAAGAUUAACUUGCUGUGCCAGCAUCAAGUGGAGUAAAACUAAUGCAGGAGGGAGGAGUAUGGCAAUUAUAUAAUUUCAGCAAUCAACAUAAUAACACCACAUGUUGAGAAACACUUAAGUGUCAGGUGUUAGCAUCUUAAUGCUAACAACAACUUCCUGCUGUACACACAUCAUUAAAUUUUGUGAAUAUAACUACUCAGUGAAAUAUUGUGUAACAUUACCAGAUACUGCAGAAUUAACUUGAUGUUUAAAAAUUCAUGUGUAUUAGCAAUAUAUAAAUAGCAUAAAUAUAAUAAGAUAAGAAUUUUAAUUAAAUUUUUAAUGAAUCCAAUGAGAAAAAUGCGAGUUUAUUCAGAAGAGAAACUCUUUCAUUGUUCAGAGUGUUUAAAAGACUUCAAAAGGAAAUCAAAUCUAACAGAUCAUAUGAGAAUUCAUACUGGAGAAAAACCCCACCAGUGUUCUGAAUGUGUUAAAAACUUUUCACAGAAGUCAGAUCUAAUAAAACACAUGAGAGUUCAUACAGGAGAAAAACCAUAUCAGUGUUCAGAGUGUCUAAAAGAUUUUUCACAAAAAUCAAGCCUGGUAAAACACAUUAGAAGUCAUAGAGGGGAGAAACCAUAUCAGUGUUCAGAGUGUCUAAAUUUCUUUUCUAGGAAAUCUAAUUUAUUAAAUCAUAUGAGAGUACAUACUGGAGAAAAACAAUACCAGUGUUCAGAGUGUCUAAAAGACUUCACAACAAAAUCAAAUUUAAUAAAUCACAUGAGAAUUCACAGAGGAGAAAAACCAUAUCAGUGUCCAGAGUGUUUAAAAGACUUUAGAAACAAGUCAGAUCUAAUAAAACACAUGAAAGUUCAUACAGGGCAGAAACCAUAUCAGUGUUCAGAGUGCUUAAAAGAUUUUGCAAGAAAAUCCCAUCUCAUUAAUCAUAUGAGAGUUCAUACUGGGGAGAAGCCAUAUCAGUGCUCAGAGUGUCUGAAAGACUUUAAAAGAAAAUCUUAUCUAAUAAGUCAUAUGAGAAUACAUACCGGAGAGAAACCAUACAAGUGUUCAGAGUGUUUAAAACUUUCUAGAAACAAGUCAGAUCUAGUAAAACACAUGAGAGUUCAUAGAAGAAUGAAACCAUAUCAGUGUUCAGUGUGUCUUAAAGGCUUCUCAAGAGAAUCAAAUUUAAGUAAUCACAUGAGGUUUCACACAGAAGAUAAACCAUAUAAAAGUUCAGAGUGUCUAAGAGACUUUAAAAAAAUAAAUAUGAUCUAAUGAAAUUAAUUAUACUGAUUAAUGAUAAAAAUUUAUUAUUCGUUCAGUGUCUGAAAGGCUUUUUACAUAAUUCAAGUUCAUAACACACAUCAACUAUUUAGAAAAUAUUUUUAAAAUGAAACUUAAUAAUAUAUUUAAGUAUAUGCAGUACUGGGAUCUAGUCAGUAUUGAAAUUUCAAAAUUUUCAGUUUUAGGUCACUUUCACAGAUCUGCUGAAAAAAAAGUGUGUCCUUCAUGACCUCUUUAAGGGUAAGGGGUCCUUGAAAUGGUGAAGAAGUUCUUGACCUAAGAAAUUUGGCCUUUUUCAGACCAUGCCUAACUGCCCCCAUUCUUCUCUUACCCCCCCCCCCCCCCCCCCGCUGUUUUCUGUAACCUACUGAUCAUCGCUCCUCCCUUCUGCCAUCCAAUACCCUCGCUUCCUUCCCUACCCUGCAGCGCUGUAUAGCCCUUGUGGCUUAGCGCUUCUUUUUGAUUAUAAUAAUAAUAAUCUUCUCUUCCCCACCCCAUUUUUCCCAUCCCACCUUUCCUAAUACCUCCCCUUUCCUUCCUUUCCUGUGUUUGGCCUUUGGGGGUUUCUCUUCAGUAAUUGUAGCUCCUGGGUUGAGAAAAGAGAAUCAUUGUUCCAUUCUGUUGAGGCCCUUGGGGUGGUGGUGUUUGCCAUGGACUCUAGGUCUGCCCUCCGGAAUUUCAGAAGGUGGCUUUAAAUGUCCUCAAGGUGACAGGCAUAUCUCUGGAGGCUGUCUGUUGGUUCUGGGAGGUGGUGGCCGAAAGGGGUAUGCCUUGUGGUAAGUUUACAACUUCCCUUUCAUUUGUCUUCUGAAGUGUCUCAGUGGAUGUGAUAUUGCUACCCUGGCUUGCCAGUUUACUGGUAUGAUAUGAAGGGUAGAGUAGGGUUCCAUACAGCAUCUGCACUACCAGCUCUGCUGAUGGAUAUAUGAUCUCUGUUUCUCCUUGGAGCUAUCUCCCAUAUUUUCCCCCUCACUCAUUUUUUUUUUAAAGAGAAAAACAAAAGAAGAACCUUAUUGUGAAGAGAUACAUACAUGAACUCCCUUUGACUCAAGAAAUCGUAAUGACACGAUUGCAAACAAACCAUACCCCCGGCCGGGAUUGAACCCGCGGUCAUAGAGUCUCAAAACUCCAGCCCGUCGCGUUAGCCACUAGACCAGCUAGCCACAAUAAGAUUUAUCCAACUAGGUAUAUUUCUACACCAUAGGAAGGUUAGCACAGGCACCACUGUGACCACAAAUGCAAGUUUUUGUAGACGAAUCUCCAGCUAGCGUGGCCGUGACGAACUCUAGCUCAAGUCCCUUCACUGCCGUCAACAUGACUUAAGAAAUCGUAAUGACACGAUUGCAAACAAACCAUACCCCCGGCCGGGAUUGAACCCGCGGUCAUAGAGUCUCAAAACUCCAGCCCGUCGCGUUAGCCACUAGACGGCAGUGAAGGGACUUGAGCUAGAGUUCGUCACAGCCACACUAGCUGGAGAUUCGUCUGUAAAAACUUGCAUUUGUGGUCACAGUGGUGCCUGUGCUAACCUUCCUAUGGUGUAGAAAUAUACCUAGUUGGAUGAAUCUUAUUGUGGCUAGCUGGUCUAGUGGCUAACGCGACGGGCUGGAGUUUUGAGACUCUAUGACCGCAGGUUCAAUCCCGGCCGGGGGUAUGGUUUGUUUGCAAUCGUGUCAUUACGAUUUCUUGAGUCAUGUUGACGGCAGUGAAGGGACUUGAGCUAGAGUUCAUCACGGCCAUGCUAGCUGGAGAUUCGUCUGUAAAAACUUGCAUUUGUGGUCACAGUGGUGCCUGUGCUAACCUUCCUAUGGUGUAGAAAUAUACCUAGUUGGAUGAAUCUUAUUGUGGCUAGCUGGUCUAGUGGCUAACGCGACGGGCUGGAGUUUUGAGACUCUAUGACCGCGGGUUCAAUCCCGGCCGGGGGUAUGGUUUAUGAACUCCCUUUCUCAGCGGCAUUCUCGCACAACCCUAGUGCAUGAACAGUCCUUUCUUUUGACCUUUCAAAGACCUGGUACUACCUUCGGGGUAACACCUCAUUGCCUGACUCCCUCAUUUUUUGAUGCAAAACUGUUUUUCCACAUACCAUCGCUAAGAGAAACUUUGUAAUUGUGAUGCUGUCAUUAUGGGGCCACUUGAACUUUAGGACCUUCCAAUUCUUAAGACAGACAAAAUUUAUUUCUUUGCAAAGGUUACAAUAUGUGUUUACAUUUAAUAAGUGUUGUUAGGUACAAAGAAAGCCAAUAAAAUGCUAGAACAUUU